GAGAAGGGAAAUAUAGACAGUAGAGAUGCUUUUCACCGCCACCGGCUGCUUUGGUGGCCCCCAGGCAACCCAUAGCAAUACCACCAGCUCCCUGCCUCCCUCCCGCUUCGCUCCCAUCCACCCUCCCUCCCUCAUCCCAGCCUCUCAUUCCACAGUCGCUGCUAAGAGUUCGGAAGGGAAGCCGUGAGUGUGUAGGCUGUGGCAAUGUUAUCUCCCUGUACAGAUAUGAUUUGAGUGGUGAUAGUGUGGAGUGUGGCGAGUCUUGUAUAGUGCAGGGAAGAGGACGAAGUGAGAGGAAGCUCCGGGCUGCUACUACUGCUACUACUGUUGUGGCCGUUGGUGUUGGUGCCGGCCGCCACCCAGCCAGUCUUUCCCGCCCACCCGCCCCAAACCAGGUGCUCCAUCGCGCCCACCCACCACCACCACCGCCAUCAUGGGAGCCGCUACUGCAACUCUGAUGGUGUUUAUUGGGUGUUGCAGCAAUGUGGUGUUUCUGGAGUUCCUCGUCAAAGAUGAGCCAGCGUGCGGCAACAUCAUCACCUUCUCCCAGUUCCUCUUCAUCGCCUUCCAUGGCUUCGUGGUCACUAUGGACUUCGGCAGGAGGAAAAACGCGAUACCCAUUAAGGAAUACCUAAUACUGGUGGUGAUGUUUUUCCUCGUCAACGUCACAAACAACAUGGCUUUUGGCUUCAACAUCUCCAUGCCUCUACACAUCAUCUUCAGAAGCGGGGGCCUCAUCGCAAGCAUGGUGAUGGGCAUUAUCGUGCUGGGCAGAAAGUACACCUUCACCAAGUAUGCGUCAGUGUUCAUGAUCACGGCGGGAACCAUCAUGUGCACCUUCGCCUCGGCUGAGUACGUGGAUGAGACUGAGGACAAGGACUCUGGCUUCAUAACGUGGCUGUCAGGUAUUGCCAUCCUCACCUUCGCCCUGUUCCUGUCGGCAAGGAUGGGUAUCUACCAGGAGUGCUUGUACACGAAACAUGGCAAGCACCCACAUGAGGCGCUCUUCUUUAUUCACACACUGUCCUUGCCUGGGUUCAUCAUGACAGCUGGGAGCAUAAUCGACCACGCCCAAAAGUUCAACAAGUCCCUGCCCCUCCCUGCCCUGGCCACCUUCCCUGUCCUUGCUCAUCUGCCUCGCCUCUGGAUCUACUUGGCUGGAAACGUCCUCACUCAAUACCUGUGUGUGGGUUCUGUGUUCCGCCUCACCUCAGAAGCCACCGCCCUCGCCGUCACCCUGGUGCUCACCCUCAGAAAGUUCCUCUCCCUCGUGUUCUCUAUUAUCUACUUCCAGAACCCCUUCACCAUGCAGCACUGGGCCGGCACGUUCCUGGUCUUUGCUGGCACGCUGCUCUUCACAGAUGUCAUUGGCAAGACACGUGAAGCUUUGGCCAGUAGAAACGCGAGUGGCAAGAGUAAAACAAGCUAGUCUAUUUAUGUGUGUGUGUGUGUGUGUGUGUGUGUGUGUGUGUGUGUGUGUGUGUGUGUGUGUGUGUGUGUGUUUCAAGUGUUUAUAUUCUGAUGUUUGUCUGUCUGGUUUUAAAUUCUUAUACAUAUCUCAUUUUGUUUCCCGAGUGUUUUUAUCAUAUCCUAUCAUUGUCUUAUUUUCAGUCCUCUUUCUUCUUUUUUUAUGUAGAGAAAAAUAAGAAGAAAGAUGAGUAGAAGAAGGAAGGGAUUGAAAAUUAUUCCUCAUUAGUCUUUUCUCCACUUCCUUUUAAACCUUUCUAAAUUAAACCUAAGCUAACCUAAUUUCCUUCUUUUCUUCCUUCCAACCUUCCUUCCUUCCUUCCUUCCUUCCUUCCUUCCUUCCUUCCUUCCCUUUCCUUUCCUUUCCUUUCCUUUCCUUUCCUUUCCUUUCCUUUCCUUUCCUUUCCUUUCCUUUCCUUUCCUUUCCUUCCUUCUUUCUUUCCUUUUUUUCCUUUUUUCCUUCCUGCGCUACCAAAUGGAUUCACUGCCAGAUAUAUAGGUUGUGUUAAUAGUAAUCACUGUGUGUGUGUGUGUGUGUGUGUGUGUGUGUGUGUGUGUGUGUGUUCUACCUUCCUAAAUGUGGGAAAUCAGAAUAAACCUUAAUUUUUA